GAGAGGGCGACUUCCUAAAGAUGGCCCUCCCCUCGCCGGUGAUAGGCUCCCCAGAAUAGCAACAGGCCCGUGUCACUGGCAAGGGCAAAGCCUUCUGAACUAGCAGCAAAAGUUGCUCACGGAUCGGUGGGACCUGAAGUUUGGGGGGCGCCUGCCGGGCUGGCAUGGGCCCCCUCCUCGGUGCCCUUGGGGUUGGCAGGGGAUGGGUUCCCGUCUGAAGGGCACCGGUGCAGCUCCUCUCGCCAUGGUACCUGCCCCAAAGUCAGAGGACCCCGGCCGGCUCUGCCCCAAAACCCCAGAGGCCCCGACGGAUGGCAACCACCGCAGCUGCCCCUCUCCAUCCCGGGAGGCCGGAGGUUGCGGCAUGUUUACUUUCCUUUCAUCCAUUACUGCUGCUGUCAGUGGACUGCUGGUGGGUUAUGAACUAGGACUCAUCUCUGGGGCUCUUCUGCAAUUAAGUGGACUAUUGGCCCUCUCCUGCCAGGAGCAGGAAAUGGUGGUGAGCUCCCUACUCAUCGGAGCCCUACUAGCAUCCCUUAGUGGAGGAUUCCUGAUAGACAGAUACGGAAGAAGAACUGCUAUUAUCUUGUCAUCUUGCUUACUGGUGCUGGGGAGUACAGUUUUGAUACUCAGUAUCUCCUACACAGUUCUCAUUGUGGGCCGGAUUGCUAUAGGGGUGUCGAUAUCGCUCUCUUCGAUCGCCACGUGUGUCUACAUUGCCGAGAUUGCUCCCGCGCAUAGAAGAGGCCUCCUGGUGUCCUUGAAUGAAUUGAUGAUUGUGAUCGGCAUCCUUCUUGCCUACAUUUCAAAUUACGCAUUUGCCAAUGUUGCCCACGGUUGGAAGUACAUGUUUGGUCUUGUGGUUCCGCUAGGAGUUUUGCAAGCCAUCGCUAUGUAUUUCCUUCCCCCAAGCCCUCGGUUUCUGGUGAUGAAAGGUCACGAUGAAGCUGCCAGCAAGGUGCUUGGGAAGCUGAGGGCAGUCUCCGACACUACCGAAGAACUCACGGCGAUCAAGUCUUCCCUGAAGGACGAGCAUCAGUAUAGUUUCUGGGAUCUCUUUCGUCCCAAGGACAACAUGAGGACCCGGAUGCUGAUAGGCCUGGUGUUGGUGUUUUUUGUGCAAAUCACCGGCCAGCCAAACAUCUUGUUCUACGCAUCCACGGUAUUGAAAUCGGUCGGAUUUCAGAGCAACGAGGCAGCCAGCUUGGCCUCCACGGGAGUGGGGGUGGUCAAAGUCAUCAGUACCAUCCCAGCAACCCUCUUCGUGGACCAGGUUGGGAGCAAAACCUUCUUGUGCGUCGGCUCUUCGUUGAUGGCCGCAUCCUUGGUGACCAUGGGCCUUGUGAACCUCAACAUCCACGUGAACUUCACUAAUAUCUGCACCAGUCACCGUCCUCUCAACCAAUCUCUGGAAGAUUCUGCCUUUUAUAGGCAGGGGAACCUGUCAGCUAGUAACGACAGCCUCAGGGAGCAGGUGGUGAGAUUGGCUUUCUUCAGGAAGACUUUCCCUAAGCCUCUGAGGAAUGACAUCUCUGACACUGAAGGACUGAACUGGGCAGUUUUGCAAAAUGCUCGAGUCUCUGGAAGAAGCCAAACGGAACAUCACGUGGGAACGGAUAGAGGAGAGGUCCCGCCUGUUCUGAAGUGGUUGUCUUUGGCCAGUUUACUGGUUUAUGUUGCUGCUUUUUCCAUAGGUCUUGGACCAAUGUCCUGGCUGGUGCUCAGUGAGAUUUUUCCUGGUGGGAUUAGAGGACGAGCAAUGGCUUUAACUUCCAGUAUGAACUGGAGCAUCAAUCUCCUUGUCUCAUUGACGUUUUUGACCAUUACUGAUCUCAUCGGCUUGCCGUGGGUGUGUUUCAUUUACACAAUAAUGAGCCUAGCAUCUCUGGUUUUUGUGGUUGUGUUUAUACCCGAGACAAAAGGAUAUUCCCUGGAGCAGAUAUCAAUGGAACUAGCUAAAGCGGAUUAUGUGAAAAACAACAUUUGCUUUAUGAGUCAUCGAAGAGGGAAGUUAGUGCCAACCGAGCUUCAAAAGAGCCACCAAGACCAGUUUUUAGAGUGUAAAAGGCUGUGUGGAAGAGGAAGCCAAGGCAGUCUUCCCAAGAAACCCGAUGGCCCCAGUCUGGGAUGAUGAUGUGACACACGAACCCUCAGUACUGCCUCUUGUUCCACCACAUAUUUGAUAUACUCUUAGCUUCCUAUCAGAAGCAUGAAGCUAAUGGCCUUGGUAUUCUGUAUUUAUCAGGAAUGGUUUAAAAUGGUCCAUCCAUUCUCCUUGCUUCCUUCCCCCCUACCAAAAAAAACCCCAACAAACCCUACAAAAACCGCGAUUUCGAUUUUGCCAGGCUAGGUGAGGGGAUAAUGGAUCAGAGCCAAAUAACGAUGUCCCGCAAAUUGGAUUUCGACAGCCUUAGGAAGGAGGGAGUGGUUCACAUAGCAACCUGCAAAUGAAACUGGUGAUUUCUUGCCAUUCUGUGUGAGAGCGCAUAAAGACGUGGGUAAUAACCUUAUGGCACAAAUGCUGCAGUGAGGGCAGUCUGAAAACUACUUUCCACUUUUGCUCUUCUAACCCAAUAUGCAGUAAAGGAGAACAUUAUUGUUGAGAAAACCCAGAAUCCUCCCACUGUCUGUCUGGAACAGCAGCUCUCCUUUGAUGACCAGAGUUGGUUUUUACUUCCUCCUUUCUGGGCAGUUCAUUAAUGUGAGAUCCCUAAGUGCUACAUUUUAAAACUCAGAAACCAAUUUCUUGGGAAAUUCUAUUUAGAAACCAAAUAACUGUGUGCAACUCUGUGUGAGUAAUCCUGCUGUUUCCACAUCCCACAGGCUUAUUAGACCAUGAGGAUUAAAAUGCCAAGGCGUAUAAAGGACAGAACAAGCCUGCGGUAAUGGAGGAAAAUACGUAAGCAGAACGUUCCCCUCCUUGUCACAAAUCAAGUGAAAUAUUUGGUGAAUCUGAAAAAGGUGGGAUCAUUUAACAGUUCUUGAACUAUUUAGCUCCGUUUCUGAAAUAAUGAAUUUUGUUUUAAGAUGAACUUUAGAAAGUGUCUCCCCACCAACAAGACUUUCAGUCAAGAGGUGUACUAGUCACACCAAGCUGAAGAAAGACUUCUGUGUAAGCCCUAGCAGGCCUCAGGAAUCUCACUACCUCAGGCUAUGACUCUCUAGGCCCUGGCUACAGCUUACCUCCAGACUGUGUAGAUUUCUGACAGUGGAAAGGACCUCUAGAGUUUUGAUCCAAACCGCUAAUUGGUCCAAACCGCAUGAAACAGAGAAAAACAUCAGAAAAGGGGAGAGGGAGGGGGAGAGAGAGAGGAAGAGUGUGUGAGAGUUUGUGUGUGAUUGUGUGUGGGGGGGGAGGGGUGGUCUGAGAUAGUUGUUUCCUUUCACAACUCUCUUGGAGUUUGUUAAAUUUUAAUUUCACCAAAGGGGGAAAGAGAAUUGUUGAAACUGAUUCAAAACAAAAUCAAAACUAGCAUUAGAACCACUGAAAUUAUUACAGGAUCUUACACAUCAAUUACCAACUUUGGGACUGCUCUUUUUUCCCUCUGAUAUAAAGCUAAUCCUACAGGUGGCACGGGAAACUAGGGAGCUGGUUUUAAUUUAAAUAUUAGAAAAAUUGCUGACAAUGUAUCAUCCCCUCCUACUAAGGCAGGAAAAUGAAGCUCAGCUCUAGAUUGUAAACUCACUGGGGCCAGGGAAUGUGUCUGUUUAUUGUUAUAUUGUAUUCAAGUGCUUAGUAUAGUGCUCUGCACACAGUAAGCACUCAAUAAAUAUGACUGAAUGAAUGAAUAUGUGUGAGACUAAUAGAAGGCCUAUGGCCUCAGACUGUUUCACAGUAAAUUUACCCACUAGAAGAGGGACUAGAAAAUCCUCUGAAAUGGAAAUUCUAUUCCUUCACCAUGCAGAGGGAGGAGAGAACCCUGGGAUCCUGCAUGUUUCUAUAGAUAUGGAAUAUACAGUAUGUUAGAGAUUACCUUGCUUGGCCCAUAUUUUUUAAAAGAUAUAAAUUUGGAGUAAGGUUAAUGUACCCUGGGACACAGAUUAUGGAGGUGGUGGGUAGGGAGAUGUCAUAGGCAUACAAUCAAUAUCUGUAAUAAAUGGCUGUUAGCUCAGAAAUCAGUUUCUCCUCCUGUGUAAUCUCUAUGCUAAGGAUCCUUGUUACCUUCUAGGAAAUUCAUAAAGUGACAUAAAUUGACAUUAUCAUCUCUACAGUGGCCAUUUCUUUUCAAAUACUCCUGUGUCUACUGUGGUAAAUUAUUGAUUUAUUGA